AUGGCGGUGUCGGUGGAGCUGCCCAAGGAGUACGGCUACGUGGUGCUCACCGUGGUGGCCUACGCCUUCCUCAACUUCUGGAUGAGCUUCCAGGUCGGCGCCGCCCGCAAGAAGUACAAGGUGUUCUACCCCACCAUGUACGCCACCGAGUCGGAGAACAAGGACGCCAAGCCCUUCAACUGCGUCCAGAGGGGGCACCAGAACUCGAUCGAGAUGAUGCCGCUCUUCUUCGCCACGCUGCUGCUCGGCGGCCUGCAGCACCCGGUCGUCGCCGCCGCGCUGGGGCUCCUCUACACCGUCGCCAGGUUCUUCUACUUCAAGGGCUACGCCACCGGCGUCCCGGAGAACCGCUUUGGUGAACUCUGCAGGGGGCUCAACUUCCCGGCGAUAAUGGGGUUGAUCAUCUGCACGGCGUCGUUCGGCAUCAACCUUGUCAUCAGGGAAGCGAUCUGA